AUACUGGUGAGCUCCGUUCAGCCCGCAACUUUGUCCCUCUGUGGAUCGAUCGUUACCAGCAUUUGUUGUGACUGUUUUAGGAUAUUAGGACUUAUAGCCGAGCAAAACAUGAAGCGAAGAGCUUGGUCCGAAGCACAAAUGCAUUCAUAUGGGAAGCAAGACCAAUUCUACCAAUCUGAUGCCAUCAACUUAAACGAAACUAUUCCAGCAAAUCAACCACCCUGUGAUAUUCGAGGAUGGGCCAUAACGUUUGUUCGCAGACUCUAUCGGCAAGCAUGGUUUCGGCUGGUCUACAUGAUUUGUAUUCUUUCCUGCUCGUUUGUGAGUAUGUUCCUCAGCUGGAUGAUUUUUCGCGACGCUGUCCUUCAGCAACCUGGCCUAGUUUAUGACCGAACGCCCCUUUUCAUCUUAGUUAUUCUAUUCAUACUAAAUACCGCGGAAAUGAUAUUCUUCGGAAUAGACGUUGCAGUGUGGGUCAAUACCCUCUGGAACGAACCGGAUGCGUGGUUUUUUGUGGAUAUUGCAAAUGUGCUCAAUAUAUUCCUGUCGGAAAUUCCCAUUGGAAUUAUGAAUGCUUACCUGAGUGCAUGUCACGAAUCGACUGUUUCGGUCAGUAUUUUGGUGAAGGCUUCGACGUUGGUGUGCUAUAUUCUUGUCCGUUUCCUCACAUUCACCACCGUUUACCUAUUAGAAUCCACAGACGAUGGCUACGUAGAUGUUGAAAGAUUUAUAAACUCUGAAUCCGAAAACGAAUCCGAGAACGGGACCAAACAAGACAUAUUGGCAAGACAACUGGAGAACACACCAAAGCCACAAUGUUUUGAUGUCCUGAAUACAUUAAAGCUACGCCGAUUUUGGUUGCUGAUUCGUGUUUUCAUCAUCCUAGGAUUCUUCAUCAUGUUGGUUACAAACAUCUUGAUCUUCAAGUUCACCUUUGUACAAACGUACAGGGGCCAUCUUGAAUGGCGCCGUGUAACUCCGAAUUCGAAUGGUACAUUGGAGGACACCAUGGCAGAAAGAUAUUUCCAUGACGUGGAAAUAUUCCUCAGGGAAACUGAGUUUCCCACAAACAAAUGGCUUCACCUAGUUAGCUUAGAAAAGCUGAUAGGCCUUCAGAACAGAGGUAUUGUGGAACAUAUUGCACUGAAUUACCUCAAGUCCAAAAGUCAAAUGUACGCUGUGUUUUCGCAGCUAAUCAAGUAUCCAAACUCAACGACGGAAACCUCAAUGACUUGCUGGAAUGUAGUUGACAUAGACAAGUUCAAAGAAAAAGCCUGCAGUGAUAUAUUCACCCCGAAUGGAAAUGCUCAGGAGGUCAUCAGACUAAAAAGUUUGAAAAUUCAAUUUACCUACGUCCCGCCUUCUAGUACACGACAUUUAGGUGCAGUGUUUUACAACGCCUCAAGAACGGAUAAAAGCGGCAAAAUCUUCCAGGAUAUUUCCCUCACCAUGAAGUACUUCCAAAAUACCAUCGCACACAAUUUGGCCCGCUCCAAAGGCCUAUCGGAGGAUGACGCCGCACGCAAUCAUGAUGGGUGGACUAGCGGACCGUUUCGUCCAUUGGAUCUGUUUCUUACCGAAGGAGGAAUAUACAGCAAAUAUGACCUGAGUAGUGGUGAUCUGAUCCCGGUCAGGAACAUAUGGAAGACGGGCUUUGCUAUGUGCCCCUCAACUGCACCAGAUGGUCCUUUGCGCCUCUCAACUCUGGUUGACUAAAAAUGUUCUUGUUUGUCACUCCUGAUGUUCGUUGCUGUCACGCAGCCGUUACCCAUAU